GACCAAAACUAAUACUUUCUCAUGUGAUGAGAAUGUAAUAGAAGUAAAAAACAAUCCAGAAGCAUUUUCUUUGCUAGCUGAAGAGCAUCAGGAAAUUGCUAAAACUUAUGCUCAUCUGAUAAUUCGCGGAAAACUGGGUAAAAACGUUCCAGUCUUAUUAAAUAUGGAACAGGUGAAAUAUAUCGAAUUUCUUUUAAGCUUAAGAAAAGAUGUUGGCAUUGCUGAUACUAAUCCUUAUGUUUUUGGGACCAAAGAUACACGACCAAGUGAAUUCAAUUGUUUAGAUGCAUGUAAAUGGAUGCGUGAGUUUUUAAAUCAAUGUGGUGCCGAAAAUCUAUUCAGUUUAAGAGGCACAGAAUUAAGAAAACAUGUUGCUACUAUGGGCACUAUUCUUAAUCUGGAUGAGCAAAAAGUAUUAGAAUUGGCAAAAUUCUUGGGACAUAGAAAAGAUAUUCACAAGGAAAUCUACAGACGACCUAUUGAAAGCCAGGAAAUUUUAACCAUGUCUGAAGUACUAGAAGCAGCGCGAGGUGGAAGAAAAGGGGUUGACGAUCCUCAGGCUUACAAAAAUUUAAAUAUGUUUAACAAUGUUAUUAACAACGACAUAAAUGAAACUGUUGAUUUCAAUAUUGAAAAUUUAUCAAUUGAUCAUGAUCAUUCAUAUGACAUAACUACUGAAGAAAAAAGUAAAACAGUCAAUCAAAUAGUUAAUUUAUCACCGACCGAUAAUUUAGAAACUAUUUCAAAUAGGAAAAAAAUGCGCUUUACAAAAGAUCAGGAUGAAAACCAAGUUUUAAAAUUAUUCAAAAAGAUAUAGAUACAUAUCCAGUUUCACAAAAUAGAACGAAACAACAGAUCAAGGCGUUUCUAAGCAAUAUACAAUCUGGAAAAACAAAAUUAUAAGAAUAUGAAUUAACUGUUAAGUUAAUGUUAAGUUCAUAUGUUAGUUCUCAACCAAAGUUAUAUGUAUCUCAGUUGG